AGAAGUCCGCCAGUGUUUACCAUUUAAUUUUCUUUGAGCAAAACAACUUGAAUCGUCUCUCACCUCUCUCACCCCUCACCAGCUGUUAUUUUUCGCAUGUCGCUGCUGCCCUCUAUGAAAGCGGUAGUGGAAGUUAACAUUAAGGCAAGAGCUUGUUGAACAGUUGAAUUGCUUGAACCCGACAUUAUUUGUGCGUUUUUGUUUGAAAUGUGAGAAAUUAUGUGUCUGUACGUCUUCUCGAGUUUGAGUAACUAACUAAAGCCGGAUGCCACCAGGGUCAUAAAAUGAUGCAGGACCUGUUGAAGGCAUUACCUGACGAUUCGCCCAUCACAGAUGUGUGCAUUGUCGAAGACCCGCAAAGCCGACCACAAGGAUAUCAUGUGGUUGACAAAACUUUUGAUCAAGACACUGAUGCAGACUUGUGGAAAGAUGGUUUCUUUGGACGACGAAUCACAAGAUACAUUUGCUAUUCAAAGAGUGCGAAUUCAGAACUUGUGCAGUCACUUGUCAUUAUUGCAGACAAGGAAGCUCCACCUGAAGGUUAUGUUGUUAUGAAUGUUACAAGGGAUAGUGACCAACGAGCAAUGAAGAAAAAGUUCCUGUGCUUUAAGACUAUCCCAAGAGACCAUGCAAGUGAAGCAGUGUCCGACAUCAUAGUAUUGAGUAAAUCACGAAAGCCUCCAGAUGGCUUUGUGCUUGCAGGGGAAGUCAACAGCUUGCACAUAGGUUAUAAGCUCACCCCAGUAGCUCCUCUGAACGGAAGGCGCAACAGCCAUCAUCAGCCACCACUCCCCCCUUUGCCUUACCCUCUUCCUUCCCGUGUGGACAAUAAUGUCCAGAAGACAGGGGGCGGUGUUAAGGGAAUUGCACCUACAGAGAACAGCAGACACACGCACAGUUCAGCUAUUGAUGACGUUCCUUUCGAAAUCAACCCAAGGUACCGAACGAUGUUCAGACUCUCAGAGUUUACAUUGCCAAAUAUCAAGGUGAAAACAUCCAGCGAGCUUUACGAUGAGUACAACUACAACUUCCAAGUGGAACGCCAAGCUCAACAGAACUGAAUGGAGGGAGCAGUUAUUUUCUCCUCGCUCUUUUUAAAGACUGCCAUCUUACAGUGUGUACAUACUAGAAACUCCUGGAACUCCCAAAGGUGUCCCGCACAAGAUAGAGCAUGCUAGUGCUAUCUCAUCUUUAGUGCCCUUAACGAUUUUUUCCACAUAGGAGAAACAGAAGGAGGUGCCACGUCAAUUUUUUGCUCUCCGUGUCUGUCCAGAGUAUUAGAUGUACCAGUGACACGACUGGGAUGAGGCUAGCCUCGACGUCUCUUUAUUUUAUGCUCAUAUUUAGGAACAUUAUUUAUUGCAUAUAUUACAGUUUUUAUGGGACUGUUGCUUUUACAACAAUUUGUGCCACAUUCUGUAUAUUAAGAUUUAGUUCUUCAGCAUAUCCAAUAAAUUAACAAAACAAUAAAGUCACAUCUUGUACUAUACUAUCA